AUGGGGAAGUUUAACACAUUAGCCGCUAUUUUUUGCUUUGUGCUUGUUUGCCUCCCGGCUCUCUACCAUGGGAUGCUUCACGAUAAAAAGAUCAAUUUGAAGAUAGAGUUGGUCGACAAAGAUGUGUUGCUAUCGCAUGAUCAUUUGAAGAAAGAGAAGAACAUUUUUCAGAAUGGGAAAAAAAUUAAAAUUAAAAUUUUCGAAAAAAUAAAGGAAAAUGUCCUCGAGCGGGCCUUAGUCGUGCAAGAAGUGGACAAAAUUAAAGGCAUGGGUGCAUCGAAGAGGGGCAGCGCCGCAAGUCUGCAAAAUUUGAGUGGUGAUGCGGCGGACGAUGGUGAUGACGGCGCUGAUGAUAAUGGCGAUGACAGUGAUAGCGAUAACGAUAAUGAUAAUGAGAAUGAUGCCGCUUCGGAGGGGGAAGAACAGUCUGGGAGUGAGGAGGAAUACCCUGCGCACGACGCGAGAGGCAUGAAAGUUAUUUCAACCGAGGAAUCUACCGAAAAUGAUGUCCAUAUGCUGCGCAAGGUCUAUCAGAAAAACUCGGAUGAAGAAUCGACUACCUACUGCUACAUGAGGUACACAUUUAAUUUAAAUUUGGAAAAAUUAAGCGAAAAUAACAAGAGCGAGUUAUUCAAAGGAUUGGAUAAAUCGCUAGACUAUAUGUCCUUUUUGCCGAAAGACGAUCAAGUUAAUGAUACCGAAGAGAUCCUAGAUCAUGAGUACAAGCAGAUGGACAAGUCGACCGAGUCAAAUGACUCCAUCCUGUCAAGCGUGGAACUGAGGAAUGAUAAUCUUAAUUCGUGCCCUAAUUCGGAGUAUGCCGAAACGAUCGAUGAUAUUGUUAGCUACUUGGACAGUGCGAGUAGCAGGACAGCCAUCCCCUCGUCAAUCAAAAAUAAAUUAUUGAGCGAAAGGGACCUUCUGAAAGGGUGCGAUGAGGUGGAAGCAGGUGACGCGAGUUCGGCCGGUAAUGCGUCAGACGACCACGCGCCUGGCGACAACGCACCAAACGACAAUGCUGAAAAAAUUGCGCUUUACGAAAUGCUGGCAAAUUUAAAGGACUCCUUUAUGAUGAAAAAAAAGGUAAUGAAUUUACUACGCAAUGGAAGCACUAACGCGGAGGAUGCUAACACCGGCAGGGUUGCAGAAGAAGACAUGGACCAAAUUUUCAUAGACUCAGUUGAGCGGACAUUUGAUUGCUACGAUGUUCUGAAAGGGAGUGAGCGGUUAGAAUCUAUAUUGGCGAGCGAGGAAGAGGGGGAGACCCCAGUGGAAGAAUCUCCCAACACAAAAGAAGUAGAUAUUAAGAAUCACCAGUUUAGAUAUACCCCGGGGGAAAACUCGGAGGAGAACCCUUUGGCUAGUGGUGAUGAUGAGGACAAAUGUGAAGCUUUUUUUAAAACAGUUUUGCAAAGUGAAGUAUUUGCAGACGAUUCUACUGUUUCGCGAAGUGUGCGAGGGGGACAUUUUCAGAUGAUCGACGAUGAGGUGAGUAGUGAUGAGGUGAGCGACGCGAAAGCGAGGAAUUCAGACGGGGAAGACGCAACAUAUGAAGAUUCCUUUUACAAUGGCUCCUCACUCAUGCCGAUAGUAGAUUAUGCCUCUACGAAAUUGCGCAGUGCGUUUAUGGGCGAUGACCGUCAGAUGGAUGUGACAGCUAGCGAAAGUGACAACCCUAUGGAGGGUACUUCUAACUGGCAAGAAAGCCAAAAGGUUUUGGAAAAUACUGCGUCCUUUGCUGAUAUGUCAAAAGGGAUGAGGAAUUACGAAGUGGAUGACGCGGGGGAAGAAGCGGACGUGGAUGAAAUGGAGGUGGAUGAGGUGCAGAUGGAUGAAGUGGAGGGUGAGGAGAAGGAGCAUGCGCAGGGGUAUGAAGUGGAGGAUAAGGUGGGAGACUUCGAAAAUGACGACGACGAUAGGGAUGAAGAUGACGAUGAUGAUGACGAUGACGAUGAUGAUGAAGAUGACGAUGAUGAUGACGAUGACGACGAUGAUGACGAUGACGACGAUGAUGACGACGAUGACGACAAUGACGACGACAGCACCAUUGGCGACGACAACGACAACGACCGCGAUUAUGACGAUGAGGCAAGCAGCCGCUCAUCACUAAGCGUGAAGGACCUGUUGGGCAAUUUAUUAAAAACGGGGUCGAACCACUUAAUAGAUAAAGCUACCAAUAAAGUGUACAGUGUCGUGGGGAAGAACAUUGACAUAGACAAGCUAUCCAAGAAGGCCAACAAAAUGGUGAGGGAAAUGAAAAAAGCAUCUAAAAAGGGUUCUAAAAAAUAUAAGAAGGCAAAAAAGGGGGUGAAGAAAUCUGUUAAGAAGGCGAAAAUGGUCUCAAUGGAGAAUGUGGAUAAACUUAAAAAGGAAGCGAAAAAUGGAGUCGAGAACUUAAAAGAUAUCGGAAAGAGUGGCUUUCGCAAGCUUAAGGAUGAGGCAAAAAAGGGAGGAAAGCGUCUCAAAAAGCAAGGGAAAAAAUUCGUCGAUAAGGCUGUGCAUGUAGCGAAGGAUGAGAUUGAUAAAGUGAAGAAGGAAACGAAAAAGAGUAUCGAUAAGGGGAAAAAAAAGGUGAAAAAGGUGGCAAAAAAAGGAGUCGAGAAGGGGAAGAAAAAUGUGAAAAAGAUGAAAAAGGUGGCCAAAAAGGGCAUCGACAAGGUGGAGGAAGUGGUGCAGAAGGGCAUCGGUAAGGCGGAGAAAGUGGUACACAAGGGCAUCGGUAAGGUGCAGGAAGGCAUCGAUAGGUCGCAGGAAGUGGCCCAAGCGGGGGUGAACAAAGUGCAGAAUGGCAUCGAUAAGGUGGAGAAAGCGGCCCAAACAGGAGUGAACAAAGCGCAGAAUGGCAUCGAUAAGGUGGAGAAAGCGGCCCAAACAGGAGUGAACAAAGCGCAGAAUGGCAUCGAUAAGGCGCAGAAGGAAGUAGAAAAAACAAAAAAGGAAGCGAACAGUACCAGCGGAAGCUCCAAUAAAAGCACAGCUGCAAAUGGCCACAAAACGAAUAAAUCACCCAACACUGGCAUAGACGGUAGUACGGUGAUGCCUAAGGAGAAGGCCGCUCCAAAACAGAGUCAUAACGACCCCUCGGGGCACAAAGGUUUGAAAAUCAAAACGUCCUUCUUAAGCGAAUCAGCCGAAUUAGGUGAAUCAGGCGAAUUAGCCGAAUCAGGCGAAUUAGCCGAAUCAGGCGAAUUAGCCGAAUCAGGCGAAUCAGGCGAAUUAGGCGAAUUAGACGAAUUAGGCGAAUUAGACGGAUCACGUGAGAAUAACUUAAACAGGAAGAAAAUAAAAAGCGAAAUAAAGAAAAUUAAUAAAGAAUACAAAAAGUUGAGAGAGAUGGAAAAAAAAGUGAAGGAGGGGUUGAAAAAUCCCGUGCCUUCUGACAGGAAAAUAAUUCAAGAAUUCGAUGAUUUUGAAAAAUCGAGUGAAGAGAAAGAGGAGUAG